AUGCGAAACGCCUUGAUCUUUUCCGGUCAAGGGACACACACCAAGGGUAUGUGCCUCUCCCUCCUGGAUGACCCUGCUGCUGUGCAGGUAUGGGAGCGCAUGACAGAUUGUAUGAUGCGCAAUUAUGGCAUCUCAUUGCAGCAUAUUAUCCAAGAAAAUCCUACGAAAAUUGUGGCGCGUAGUGACGCCUUUGCUAUCGAUAAAGUCUACAAGCGGCUCUGUACAGAAGUGCUUAAUGUGAAAGAAUCUUCACCAUGCACCCACACGAUCACUCACCCAGAUGGCGUCAUGCAGUUUACGUACCUGACACAACCGUGUGUUCUUGCUGCACAGCUUCUUGCGUACGAAAAUUUGAAGCAUAGAAACCCACAGGUAUACAACAAAAAACUUUCCUGUAUCGCUGGUCACAGCCUAGGCGAAUUCACCGCGCUUACAGCUCUUGGUGUCUUUACCCCUGAGGCCGCUGUUGAUUUAACCUUCAAGCGCGGUUUGCUCAUGGAGAGGGCGUGUGAUGGCACCCCACGCAAAAAUCGAAGGCUUUUUGCCUGUAGCCCUUGGCGAGCAAAACUCAGCGACAACAGAGAAGUGGUAGAUACUUUUUUUUUCACACUUCUUGAGAAGGUUGCGCAAUCUCUUGCGCAUACAUCCUCAUUCGUAGAGGUGGUGAACAACAACGUCAGGCAUCAGCAGUACGUCGUAGCUGGCGACCUUGUUGGGCUAGCUGUGCUGGGCAAGUGCUUGGACCCGCAAUUCCGUGCAAACUGUGCCAACGCUGAGGAUGUUGAAGCGCUUGUAAGGGAUGCUCUCGCAUCCGUCUGUGUCGAUAACAGAGACGGCAUUGCAAAGGAUCCGAACAUUCUCAGCGAUGGGGAUUUUGCAACAUCGUCAGCGCAAAAGUACGGCUCGAGAUCAACAUUUCGUCGGUUCAUGAAGGGCGCGGAUGAUGGCUUUACUCCGUCGCUAGAGGAGCUCACGCACCUCACGCUGGAGGAAGAUGGCCGAAGUGGCCUUAAGAAGAAGUCAUGGUUUGUUCCUCUUAUCGUGGAAGUGCCAUUUCAUUCGAGCAAGCUUCGACGUGCCAUGGACGAAUUUCUUCCUGUCGUUCGCACGGCCCUGCCAGACGAGGGGACUCUCCGUGAGCUGUUCUCGAUCUCCAACAAUAGUAUUCUUGAUGAGGCGCGCCGUGUUAACCCUUUAUGGAUUACCAAUUUGACAGGAAGAGUAUUUGACCCAUUUAACAGCGCUUUUCAGCUGAGCGCGCUUGAAUACAUGGGAAAGGCAAAUAUCGGCGAGAUCCGCCACAAAGGUCGAUUCGAGAGCACUCUUGUCAUCGAUACAUUUAACAAUGGCGUCGCGGAGGGAAGUGUGCGGGAGAUGACUGCUGCAGUGUUGGCAGCUCAGCUUGCUCACCCUGUACAGUGGAUAACAGCAAUGGAGGAGAUUGUGGUUGCGCAAGGAUGUUCCCACAUACAAGAAGUUUCACCACAGAGAAGCAUUUCGGAAAUGUUUAGGCGUGCUGUAUUUGUUGAUGACAAUGACCGGAACCGCAGUAUUUCUCCCCGGGUCUCCUCAUUUCCAGCUGAAGCUCCACUCUUCUAG